UGUGUGAAUAUAUAAAGUAUGUUUCUGUCCAUUUGAAACAAACAGCCUUGGAUUGGUGAAGUGAUGAAUGUGACUGAGCUUUAUUCAAGUACUUCCUUGUUGUUGCUCAGUCCAAUGCAAAACAAUACAAAUACAAUUCUAUUAUAUAAUACAAUACAAAGGAUUUCUACACAAUGCAAACCCAGUAAGGCACCUGAUCUAGGCAUUACUCCUCCCACCCUGGAACAACAUGGUGGUUGAAAAGCUCUGGAGGGAAAAACACCUCCCAGAGGGAGUGGUUAAUAUUGAAACCGGCGAGGACUUUGGCUUCACAACCGCAGUGCCAGUGUUUGCAUUUGCUUACUCAGGGGUCACGUUUCACAUUCAGCAACAAGAGGUCAUGGCCUCCCCCAGCGUUCUCCUGUCAGAGGUGCAGUUUCAGUGUUGCAUCUGUCAGGAGGUUUUCUCUGAGCCCGUCUCCAUCCCCUGCGGCCACAGCUUCUGCUUCACCUGCAUCACAUCCCACUGGGACGACAGCCUCGCCGUCAGCUGUCCCAAAUGUCAGACGGCCUUCGAGGGCCGCCCAGAGCUCUGCGAGAACUCCUUCGCCAAGGAAAUGUCAGAGCAGAUCCGAGCGAGAAGGCAGAACGGUGUGAUGUCAGUGGUGGGACAAUUCAUACAUUGCGACGUGUGCGUGGGGAAGCGAACGAAGGCCCUGAAGUCCUGCCUGGUGUGUCUGACCUCGUACUGCGAGGGUCACCUGGAGCCACACCUGAGAGUCGCCACCUUGAAGAUUCACAAGCUGACUGAACCCAUGGCGACGCUGGAGACCCGGAUGUGUAAAAGGCACCAGAGGCUCCUGGAGCUGUUCUGCAGGAGCGACCAGAGGUGUGUGUGUGUGCUGUGCACCGAGACCGACCACCGCUGUCACGACACCGUCCCCGUGGAGCGAGAGAGUCAGGAGAAGAAGGCUCAGAUGAAAAGGAUCGAGGCUGAUGUUCAGCAGAUGAUCCAGGACCGGCUGCAGAAAGUGGAGGAGAUCAAACACUCUGUGGAGCUCAGCAAAGAAAAUUCAGAGAGGGACAUAAUGGAAAGCACGGAGGUCUUCUACACUCUGCUUCGCUCCUUGGAGAGACGUCAGGCCGAGCUGGUGGAGAUGAUCCAGAGGAAGCAGGCGGCAGCAGAGCGGAGAGCGGAGAGACUCGUCACAGAGCUGGAGCUGGAAAUCACCGAGCUGGAGAGGAAGAGGAGUGAGAUGGAGCAGCUUUCUCACACCGAGGACCACCUCUAUCUCCUGCAGAGGUUUCCAGCUCUGAGUUGUCCUCCAUCUGCCAAAGCCUGCUCUGACAUAAUCGUCCAUUCAGUCACAUGUUUGGGGACCGUAAGGAGAGCGGUGGCCAGCAUCGAACAGCAGCUUCAGUCGGCUUUAAAAAAGCUUUCCAUUCAAGAGCAUGAGAAGAUGCAGCAGUAUGCAGUUGAUGUUCAUCUGGACCCGAGGACAGCCAACCCUUGGCUGGUUCUAUCAGAGGAUGGGAGACAGAUCUGUGAUGGAGAUGUUGAACAGAACCUGGUGGACACACCGGAGCGUUUUGACAUGGCACCGUGUGUCCUCGCCACCAGGGGUUUCACCACAGGGAGGCACUACUGGGAGGUAGACGUGGGAGACAAAACGGCGUGGGACCUGGGCGUGGCUCGGCACUCGGUCGACAGGAAGGGUGUGGUCACGCUGAGUCCAGAGGACGGUUAUUGGACAAUUUGUAUGAGGAAGGGCUGCGAGUACCGGGCAUGUGCGGUACAGGCGGAGCUGCUGUGUCUCUCUCAGAGGCCGCAGGUCGUCGGGGUGUUUCUGGACCACGAGGAUGGCACGGUGUCCUUCUAUGACGCGGAGGCCAAGUCACACAUCUAUUCCUUUACACAGUUCCACUUCACCGAGGCCAUUUUUCCCUUUUUUAACCCAGACAUGUGUGACAGCGGCAGCAACAAAUCACCACUUAUCAUCCGCCCCGUCGGUGGAGUCAACGGAGGAGGGGAUUUAGACGACAUUACAAUAUGAUGUGCAUAUUUUUAUGUCAUGUUCUGUUUUUAAAACACUUUUCUCUGUGGAUAUGAACACUUUUUUAAUUAGAUCAUUUGUGUUUCAUUCACAACAAUAAAUACUUUCACACAUGGAUCCUGUUUCUGAUUUGCC